UUAUAGAAAGACAAAAUUGAAACGUAAAGUGAGAGUUUAAAGUAAUUGAAAAAAAAGAGGAAUUUUGCUUUGCAAUCGAGAGAGAGCAGAGCUGAUUAAGAUAUUUUUGCAGGUAACUGUAGCCACGAGAGAGCAGUACGUUUCCCAGAGGCCAUGAUAAGCUGAUUGAUUUCUCCAGUUGUUGAGAGAUCUGAGGCCUAAAAAGCUGAAAAAGAAACCUUUUUUUUUUUUUUUGUAAUUUUAAGAUUUGUUUGUUCCCCAGAUUCUCUGACGCUGCCUAAACCUUAAAGUUCGUAGCUUUAUUUGUGCCAGAGCUCUUUUGAGGUGGAUCUGGAUUCUGGGUAAGGAACUUGAAUCAAAACCCUUCUCGUCUGGGGUAUAUAUGAGUGUUAAAAUGGACUCCAAAAGUUGUUCGAAAUCUAUCAGUGUUUCUGAGAAUUCGAGUGAUGUUGUGCUUGAGGCUGAUGUACAGGGUCAGACCAGUGACUCUGUCACAAAGAAGGUGUUGAUUGAAGCAGCAGAUGUGGGUAAAUUGCAACAGGGAGGAGAAAAUGAUUCUAGAGUGGCCAAAGAUGGUGUUAGCUACAGUAGUAGUAACAUUUCAGCUCUUGCUGUUCAUGAGGAAGUUGUGGAUAAUGUUACCGCUGUAAGCUGCAACGAGGCAGAGAAUGAUACUUCAAAAGCAAAGGCCAAGGAGUUCCACACAAUUGAUUUGAGCGAUGAAGGAGAGAGAAUCUGCAGGAUUUGUCAUUUUGGUUCUGAUCAAUCACCUGAGGGGGGCACUAGUGGUGAUAAUAAGUCAGUAAGUCCGGACUUGAUUGAGAUUGGUUGCAAAUGCAAAAACGAGCUUGGCCUUGCACAUUUGCAUUGCGCAGAAGCUUGGUUCAAGUUAAGAGGGAACAGUGUAUGUGAAAUAUGCGGUUGCACAGCGAAGAAUGUUACAGUAAGGUUGAUGGAGGAUUGGGGCGGCGAAAGGGACAAUACAAUGGAUGAGAGAAGAAGACGUGGAAGAGGACAAUCUUGCUGCAUCUUCAUGGUUUUUCUGCUCACUAUCAUUUUGCUUCAUUGGUUUUUCAAAAAGAUUAAUGGUUACUACCAAAACACUUGAUCGAAUAAGAGUAGUACAUGAUCUGCUAGUAAUUUUAUUAUUCGAUUCUGACUCUAGACUA